AUGUCAAGCCCAGGGAAUCAGAAUCUGCGACCAAUUUUGGACCACGAAAAGGGCAUGGAAACUUCGAGUUCUUCUGCCGUGCCAAGCCAACACACCAACCCAUCAUCGACUUCUUUGAAAGAAACCAUGCAGAGAUCCGAAGGAAACGGCGAUCCCGAAAAGGGAAACGCCAGCGGCAGCGAUAACGCCCCGACACCAUCUGCACCGCCGGCGGGUCCAGCGCCCGGCUCCGGGUUCCACCCCUCCGACUUCCCAGACGGAGGUCUCGAGGCUUGGAUGGUCGUCUUUGGCGGAUUCUGUGCACUGUUUUGCACCUUUGGUCUCGUCAACUGUAUAGGAGUCUUCCAGACAUACUACGUCCGAGGCCCCUUGGCGUCGUACGGUCAGUCUACGGUCGCCUGGAUCACGUCGAUGCAGGUCUUUGGCAUGGUGUUUGGCGGUAUCAUCUUCGGCAGGCUAUACGACUCGUACGGCCCCCGGUGGCUCAUCAUCGGCGGCACUCUGGUCUACGUCUUUGGCCUGAUGAUGACGAGCCUCUGCACCGAGUACUAUCAAUUCUUCCUCGCCCAGGGCAUCGUCAGCGCCAUCGGCUCCAGCGCAAUCUUCAACUCGGUGCUCCCGACGCUCGUGGGAUGGUUCUUCAAGCGCAGGGCCGCCGCGUUCGGCAUCACCGCCGCCGGUUCCUCGCUUGGAGGCGUCGUCCUGCCCAUCAUGAUGAACCAGCUCAUCCCCCGCAUCGGUUUCGGCUGGACCAUGCGCAUCGUCGCCUUCAUCUUCCUCGCCCUGCUGACCGUCUCCGCCGUGACCGUCAAGUCUCGCAUGCCCCCGAGGGUCAAGCCUUUUCUGCUUGCCGAGUACACCGACGCGUUCAAGGACCCGGUCUACGUGCUGACCCUCGCGGCAAACUUCUUCUUCUUCUGGGGAAUGUUCCUUCCAUUCAACUUCAUCAUCCUGCAGGCCAUCAAGGCCGGCAUGGACCCCAAGAUGGCUGAUUACCUGCUGCCCAUCAUCAACGCCGUGUCCAUCUUCGGCCGGAUCCUGCCCGGCAUCGCUGCCGACAAGUUUGGCCGCUACAACAUGAUGAUACUCAUCACGGGCCUGUCCGCCAUCUUCACCCUCGCGCUUUGGAUCCCGGGCACCACGACCGGAACCAUCAUCGCCUUCGCCGUCAUCUUCGGCUUCGUUUCCGGUGGCUUCAUCGGCAUGGCGCCUACGCUCAUCGCCCAAAUCUCCGACAUUCGUCAGAUCGGCGUCCGGACCGGUCUGGCGUUUGCCGUACAGUCCUUUGGCGCCCUGACCGGAUCGCCCAUCGCAGGUGCCAUAGUCAACUCCCAGGGAGGGCAGUACCUUGGUCUGCAGCUGUUCUGCGGGCUGACCAUGAUUGCCAGUGUGGUUUUCUAUUUUGCGGCGAGGUCGAAGUACGGGGGCGUCAAGCUGCUCCAAAAGAUAUAA